AAUGAUGGAAAUCAUGUGGGAACCCCAGAAAAACGAUGAAACUGUUUGGAUCACCUGUUUUUACUAACCUGUCCUCUGCCCUAUGUAGUUGCACGAUAAUUGAAUGUUUGCUUGUAAAAUAAUUUAUCAUGAUACCGGAAAAUCACAAAAACCCACAGAUAAAUUAGAACAAAAUUAUGAGGUUUGACUUGUGUUCCGCCCAAAGGGAAACACUCAUAAAAAUAUGCUUGACAACGUGGCCUAAAUUUGACAUUAAUGACGUUGGAUGACAGUUGACAUUGACAGUUGCUCCCUCCCAAUGUUUAUUUGGCAAGAUCCGACCCGACACAACAUCCUCCGCAUAUUUUCCCCAAAAAAAAAAAAAUUACACUUUUAAUAAUUUCCGUCUGGGACGCGUGACGUCCCCAAACCGCCUUCUGCGGAUAGAAAAUGAACAAAUUCGCGCUACGUGCCGCGGAGUUUCUCGAGGGUCUCGGUUUUAGGCGGGUGUAUUUCAACUUCGAGGUCCAGUAAGUGAAACGAAGGUCGUUCUUUCAACUUUGCACCCAAGUCUGCUGGUUUUACUAUUGAGGUCGGUAACCUCCCCCUUUUUUCUGGCUUUGACAUCACGAGCUGUCAUAAAUCAAGCGAGUGUGCUGUAAAAUAGAGAGAGAGAGAGCGAAAUAAUGGGAAAAUACGAAAUGCAGUCUAUGCCCGUCCAAAAGGCGGCAAACAACUUUAUUUGCGCCCAUUCCACUUGUAAAAGUUUAUUUUUUAACGGGAACGCGGACAUGCGCGAUAACACGAACGUAAACGGCAUCAAACCGGAAUUAUUCGGUUUGAACCAAUUAUUGGAAGAGGGUGACGAGGGCGAGGGGAUUCCCCGGGGCAUGGAAGUCCUGACCAAUCAGGUGGCCGGACACAUAAUCGACGAUUCCGGAGGAAUCGGUAUGUUAAAAAAGGAGGGAUUAGCCUUUAAGCCGUUAUUGAAGAAGGAGUAUGCCGAGCGCGAGGUGAAACUGUACGAGCAAUUGGAGACGACCGUGGACCGGUGCCUAAUCGAGAUGCGCCAGUUGGUGCCGAAAUACCAUGGGGUGCAAAAAUUAGAAGUAAAGGGGAACCGAAUGGACUUUUUAGUAUUAGAAGACCUGACGCACGGUUUCAAGGAGCCCUGCAUCAUGGACAUCAAGAUCGGACGGAGAACGUGGGACCCCAAAGCCACCUAUGACAAAAUAAUCUCCGAAGACCAAAAGUACCACGAAUGCAAACGGGACCUGGCGUUCUGUAUACCGGGCUUUCAAGUGUACAAAAUCGCCUGCGGGGGCCAACUAGUCAAAUACGAUAAGGAGUACGGCAAGAGUCUGAACAAAGAUGGCGCUAAAGAAGCGGUGAAAACGUUCUUGAACGCCGACACCCACCAUUUUUGUCGGAAACUUUUAGUGCAAUUUCUCGCCUCCCUAUGGCAGAUCCAACAUUUCGCCCGCAACCAACGCCGUUUAAGACUUUACGCCACCUCGAUCCUGUUGGUUUACGACGCGAGACGCCUUAAGGAGCACGUGAACCAUAAGAACCCUCAAGGGACCAACAGACCGCCCCUGGUUAGACAUCGCAGCUUAUACAGGCCGUUAAGUCUCGCCCAACUGAACAACGGGUGCGAGAGGGUGCCGACCGGAUUCAGCGGCCAGUUAACCACCGACGGCCCCAUUUUGAGGGCGCCCAGCAAAAAAUCGGCGCUCGCCCUGGACCCGGAACAGCCCCGCACCGUGGUGAACAACAAUAACACGUGGCAAAAGUCGAUUCACGCCCUAAAGCGGACGCACUCGUUUCAGAACAAUUACGACAAGGACGUGCAGCACAGGAAACAGAAUUACACCUCGAUGCUGGACGAUCUGUGUUGCGAGAGCAAAAGUGAGGUGUGGGCCACGGCGAAACUGAUCGAUUUCGCCCACGUUUACCCGUCGGACAGCGUGGACGUGGACAAAAACUACCUGGAAGGCGUCGAGAACCUCGUCAAGAUGUUCGAGGAUUUCCUCGCCGAGACUGACGAGUAAGAACGCCAUCUACAUUUAAAAGAAAAAAAAACAAACUUUCGAAGCUCAAUUCGCGCGUGGAAUAUUAAUUUUUAGUUCCUUAUAGUGUGUACUUAAAAUGUAUUUAUUAACAUCACCGUAAACGUGUGUGUUGCAUGUGGUGGUUUUCCUCUUUUUUUUUUUCUACUUUUUACUCACCAUAUUAAAGAAAUUUAUUCAUUAAAAAAACGAAUAAAAAGAAUUUUUUAUUUUUAACAAAUUAUAA